CUUUGGGUGUGAUAAGUUGAAAAAAAAAUAAAAGAAAAAAAAUAUUAUUUAAAAAUAAAAAAAAAAAAUAAAAAAUCUAAUACCUAGGAUUACUAGCAGGCUAAAAAAAUGCAUUGUUCUCGAAAUGUUCCUCCACCAAAACCAUUUAAACAGAGAAAGUCCUUUGAAAUCCGAAAAUCAGAAGUCAUUGGAAUAAGGGCCAAGUUUCCAAAUAAAAUCCCGGUCAUUGUAGAGAGGUACGCUAAAGAAAAAUAUCUGCCCAUCCUAGACAAAACAAAAUUUCUGAUUCCAAGGGAUGUCCCUAUGUCUCACUUUAUAAACAUUCUCAGGAGCAGAAUGAAUUUGUCACCCACACAAGCCUUCUACGUUCUAAUCAAUGACAAGACCCUUGCUAGCAUGUCCCGUACUAUGACAGAAUUGUACAGGGAAAAUCAAGAUGAAGACGGCUUUAUGUAUAUGACCUAUGCCUCCCAGGAAAUGUUUGGUGAAGUAUCCGCUGAUGGUUAACUUGUACCUGACAUAGCAAGUACCGCCAACUUGUUCAUAACCUGACUAGUGCAUUUUCAUAACGUCAACCACUGAUUUUAUCUUUUUCAGAAUGAUUCUUCUUUUUAAUGAUUUUUCUUUAAAUUACAUUUUAAUAGAAAAAAAAAAUGUUUUCUUCAAACUGCAACUUUCCAUCAAAUGUAAUAAUAAAGGCUUAAGUGGUUAUUCAAAUUAAA